GAUCAUGCAGCCUACGAUACUCAUUAACCGCUUCAUGAUCAAUCUACGCACGGUCGACUCGGAGGUGCCAGACUACUCUGUGUGCAUUACUGAUCAACAGCAAGGACCGUCAGCACUGCAGUUCAGGAGAUCAGCCGACCGGCUGGGUAAUAUUGGGGGGACUUUGUACGACGGUUUGAGCGACGAGCACUGGGACGAAGAGGCCAACGGCGACGAAAUCGACGAGGUAGAACGUAGUGGAGCUGGCGCAGAAGCAUGAGCCAGCGAUGAAAAUUAUACUAGAAAGUACUUUGGCCCGAGUACACAGCAAUAUUUACAACGCGUAUGACAAAGGAAAUCGCCGCAAAU